CAGUGUGUAUUUACAGAGUUUGAGCCAGUGUGGCUUUGUGCAAGUCAUACAUACUGGAGGCAAGUUCAUUGUUUGUGUGUAAUUGUAUGCCUUUAGGAUACUACUGGGAAUCAAUGAAUAAUUGUACAUAAUGUGAAGUAAUGUGUGCGUGUGUGGUAUUAUUGCUCCAAUGUGUAUGUGGAUAAAAGUUGUGCAUUUACAUACUAAUAUGUUGUAGUUAGGUGUUUGCAGUGGGUGUUUGUUAACUGGUUGCUGAAGCUAAUAAUUUACACACAUUCAGGCUUUUUUUCAAUUUUAUUCCGUGUGUGUCUUUCUUUACAACAGUUGUGUAAUACAGUGUGCUUUGUUUGCAUGUUUGUAGAAAUGUGUUUGUACUAGUUGUGGGCAUGCGUCAAUUCUACACAUGGAUUAUUGCUGCAAGAUUGGAUUCAUCAGCUGCUUAUGACAGUGUUUGGGCACUAGAAAAAAUUGCUGCCAAGAAGAAAAGUGCAAAUAUCAAGAAGACGAAAUUUUGAUCACUGGUGAAGAAGCUAAUCUCAUUUUUGCCAUGUAGAAAAAAGAGAAACAGGAUGAUUUUAUGCCCCACACAAUGACCAUCCACAAACUCAGACAUUUCAUGCUUUACAGUACAGAUGUGAACUGUGACCUCAAGAUGUGGAGUCACCUGGCUGCUCUCGUCCUGCUGCUCUUGGAGGAGUGUCACACCCAGACAGUACAGGACACAGUACAUGACAUAGUGCAAGCCUGGGAGAGAUACCAAGAAGAAUGCAAUGAGCGGAUGAGGACUGAGCCCCCAUUGAGUGGUGUAUUCUGCAAUCGUACAUUUGAUUUGUAUGCAUGCUGGGGAGAUGCCCCUGCCAAUACGACAAAAGCAGAACCAUGUCCUUUCUACUUACCAUGGCAUGCAAAAGUAAAGGAAGGCUUUGUAUUUCGUCGUUGUGACACAGAUGGUCAGUGGGUGCGAGAUGACUCAAACAGGUCAUGGCUUGACCUCGCUCAGUGUGAGAACCAUGAACCAGAGCAAUCACAGCAUAAGACUUGGAUCUUGUCCCAGCUACGUGUGAUGUAUAGCGUGGGAUAUGGGAUCUCCUUGGCUGCACUCAUUGUAGCUGUGUUUAUACUCACACAACUCAGGCGUUUGCGCUGUACGCGAAACCUGAUCCACUGUAACCUGUUUGUGUCAUUCAUACUUCGUGCGGUGUCCCUGCUAACACGAGACGCACUACUAAAACAACACAGUAUCAUGACACAAGAAGAAGGAGAUCCCGCCAAUUUUCUGAGAGAGAGAACACUAGUUGGAUGCCAUGUGGCUCAGUCUAUCACACAGUAUUGUGUAGCUGCUAGUUAUUACUGGUUGCUGGUGGAAGGCUUGUAUUUACACAACCUGCUUGUUGUCUUGUCAUUCUCCGAAGAAUCUGUGUUGCCCCGUUACAUGCUGCUGGGCUGGGGAGCACCUGUUCUGUUUGUUGUCCCAUGGGUGGUGGUGCGACAGUUAUAUGAAAACACAGAGUGCUGGGAGAGGAAUGACAUUCGUUCCCAUUGGUGGAUCAUUCGAUCGCCGAUCCUAUUGGCUGUGUUGAUAAACUUCUUUAUCUUCCUGCGGAUAAUUCGGAUUCUGGUGUUGAAGCUACGAGCUAAUCAGAUGAGGAGAAGUGACCGCAAGUACAGAUUGGCCAAGUCAACGCUGACACUCAUUCCACUUCUUGGCAUUCAUGAGGCAGUGUUUAAUCUGCUACCUGAGGAGAGUGCGAGGGGCGGUGUGAGGUACGGAAAACUGGGGGCGGAAACGUUGCUCAGCUCUUUCCAGGGACUGCUAGUGGCUGUUCUGUACUGCCUCUGUAACAAAGAGGUUCAGGCUGAGCUGCGCAGAAAGUUACAGGGUUCUCUGAGUGGCAGAGGGGUUUCAUGUACAGCACGGCCACUCCAUCCACCCCAUGGAAGACCACAAACGGCUGAAGAUCUGAUGUCUGACAGCUCAGAGGCUACUCCAUCUGGAGCCCGGACCAGUCAGUGCUGACCCAAUUACUGCUUCCUCUAAUCAACCCCUCAACAUCAGUUUAUUUAUUUAUUUAUUGUUAUCUUGCGCAGAAGCACAACUUAAAAGAGUUGUGAGUGAUUACAGCAUAGUUUGAGUUGGUAAUGUCUCAGGUCUAGAUAGUUCCACAAACAUAUACAUAUAUAGCAUUACAGGAAAGGUAGCCUCACAGUGGUGUUUUCUCUCAUUUUACCCCUACGUUCAAGCCUACAAUUACUGGUUAAUAGUUUUAUUUUAAAAUUGAAGAAAAAAGAAAUAAAACUGGCAAAAUACUUAAGGGCUCAUUCAUGGACUCAACUUAAAGGAGAAGUAAACCCCUCAGUAAAAAAAAAACCCUACCGCUCUACCCUACAUAGACCGCUCCCCC